GAUUUAACCUAACCUCAAUUUUGACAACACACUAAACAUGUGUAUUUGAAUCCAAAAAAAAAAAAUGGAAAUAGAAAAUACCACAACUGUGAAUUUUAUAUCGUGCGCAAAAUGGAUAAAACGAGGGGUAGCUAAUACAAACCCAGUAAAAAUACAGCUUUCAAAAAAUGAACUUGUACAGAUAAUAAACGAUACUAAAACAAAAAUACAAGAUGCAAGUAGGGAAGAAGAACCUAUGGAAGAUGGAACGGCUACAGAUGAAUUUGGACUUGAAAAAUAUGAUAGUGACGAUGAAAUUAAUGAUACAGCAAAUACUUUAGGUAUCAGUUCAAUAGCUGAACUAGAUAAUGAUGCACAAGAAAAUUUUUCAGAAUCAGAUGAUUCUGAUAAAGAAGAUGACAAAAUAAAACUAUCCGACAAUUUAAUAUUAGUAGGACAUGUUGAAGGGGACGCAAGUAUGUUGGAAGUAUAUGUAUACAAUGAAGAUGAAGAAUCCUUAUAUGUUCAUCAUGAUAUUAUUCUACCAUCGUUUCCUCUAUGUGUCGAGCCAUUGAACUAUGAACCAAAAAUGCCAAAAGGCAAUUACUGUGCUGUGGGAUCUAUGACACCUAUUAUAGAAGUUUGGGAUUUGGAUAUUAUGAAUGUUAUAGAACCUGCUUUCACAUUAGGAAGGGUGGGUAACAAGAAAAAUAAGAACCCAAUCGGUCACACAGAUGCAGUAUUGGCUUUGGCAUGGAAUAAAACUUAUGAGCACAUUUUAUCUAGCGGAUCCGUAGACCAAACUGUGUUACUUUGGGAUAUGGAGAUUAAAAAACCAAGUACAACAAUCAAGUCAUUUCAAGAAAAAGUUCAGUGUCUUGACUGGCAUCCAUUAGAAGGUCAAACUUUAUUAGCUGGAGGUUGUGACAAAAGUGCAAGAGUCUUUGAUUGCCGAACCCCUGAAAGUCAUCAAACUUGGUUAUUGGAUGGAGAAUCUGAAAGGUUAUGUUGGAAUCCUUUGGACCCUUUUACAUUUUUGGCUGGUACCAGUGUUGGGUCCGUACAAUGUUUUGACUGUAGAAAAGGUCAGUUAUGGUCUAUAAACGCUCACGAAAAAGAAGUAACAGGAUUAGUAAUCAGCAAGUUGUGCCAGGGACUUUUAGUAACGUCCUCUACAGACGAAACUGUAAAAAUUUGGGACUUUGCUUUAGAAAAUGAACCCAACUGUGUUGCCCAGAAGGAAUUCAACUUGGGAAGCAUUCACUGUUUAGAUCUAUGUCCAGAUUUACCGUUUGUUUUAACUGUUGGAGGGGAUAAGAAAUCGCACAAUUUCACUGUUUUUGAUAUUCAAAAUAUUGAUGUUGUUAAACAUACUUUUGGACCUCGAGGUCUAACGCAGAUAAUUCCCGAUGUAUAGAAUUUAUAAUAAAUGAAAUUUUUCACCUUUAA